AUGAGGAGGCCACCCGUAGAACGGGAACAUCCUGCGUACGGGCCGUGCAAGAAGUUUUUAAACUACUUGCGGAACACCUGGCUCGACGGGCCAUUCAAUGUGGUGCAAGUAUAUGGUAGAUGUCCAGCGAACAACCAACACCGCCGAGAACUACCACGGAAGGCUCAGAAAAAUUCUCGGCAAGAAACAUUCACCCCUAGCGCAGUUGAUACUGGCCUUCCGCAGCUUUACACUAGUGGCAAAGGGGACUUUGGCAAGAAUAAUUGA